AAUCCAUGUGUUUAAAUCCGCCACUCUAUUUAUCAAUACAUUAUACAUUUAUACUUUGAAAGACGAUGUAACUUAUAACACCUAACCAAAACCUGGUAAAACUAACGUUGUACUAGUAUUUUGGGUCAUUGCUGACAAAUAUGCACAGCUGGCGUACACUCCAAAAGUUGCAAUCGGUAACGUUGGCAAACACAUCCUUACAACAGAAACGUGCUAAAAGUUCUGAUUGUUCAAUAUUUACCUAAAAAAAACAUGAAAAACAUUGAAAUGGGUUAGAUUGGUUACCCUUUGAUUUGUAUCAAUCUGUACUUUGGUUUUUACAACCGUUUGGACACAGGCCUAGUCUUCUUGUUUGAUAGAACUUGCCAAGUCAUUGCACAGGGAAUAUUCUCACGUUGAAAUCUAUAGCUAUAGCUUAAACAGAACCAAAAAUAUCUCUUAAAAAAUUAGAUUUCAAUGACACAAAACGUAAGAGAUCUUUGAGAACAGUGUCCAAUGAAUGUAGUUGGGAAGUUGGGCUCUUGGUAGGUGGCGGGUGGGAUUUUAGACGACCCCUUCGUUCCAGUUAGGCACAUAACCCUUCAUUUUUCCCAUUUUGCUUUUUUUUUUCCUUAUAUUCCACAAACGCCGGCAAUAGUACUCAAAAUUUCAGCGUAAUAAUCCAAAUAAUAUUAUAUAUUUGACAUUUUGUCUUUUGUUUUAAUCUAAAAUAGAUAUAAAGAUCGAUAAUUUGAUAAGAGUUUUGUAAUGUCUCUUGAUGGGAUGUUUUAGUUUAUACGCUUAUUUUGCUUCCCCGUGUUGCCAUUGUUGACUAUGACCCUCUCUUUUGAAGUUUAGCUGUAACAGUCUACUGCUUAUUUUUUGCAUACACACAGUGGAAAAGACGAGUCCUUGGUUUUUGGUGGUCGUGGUCUGAAUUUUAAGGUUUGUUUGUUCGUUUGCUUUUGGUUUAUAGUUUGGUUUCGGUUCAGUGGUCUUUUUGAUGAAAGAUAAAUUGUCGGUUUUUUCAGAUUAAUGGAUAAACAGAAGCUGGGUUCUUUUUCGUUUGUAGCAAAGUUUUGGUUUUUUCGAUAAAAAAUGUUCCUUUGGUCUUUGUGCUGAAUCAGUUCAUUUUUGCUGAUUUGGGUUUCUUGUUCAUAGGAUUUCAUUAGUGGGUUUUUGGUUUAAUUUCCAUAUCUUACUGCAAUCCUGAGAAUUUGGGAUUUUACUCUUUGUUCAUUGGAGUUUUUAUAAUUCAAAUACCAAACACAAGUGAAUAUAGUUAAAAUUGUUGGAGAUUUUUGGGUUGAAAUCUUUCCCCUUUGUUAUUCUUGGUUGGUGAGGGUCAAGAAGAUCAAGGAAAAUGAAAGGAAAAGCUGGGACUCCAGGGAAUUUCUUCGUGUUGAAUACUGGAGCUAAAAUUCCUUCCAUUGGGCUUGGAACAUGGCAGAGUGGAGGAGAUCUCUGUGUUGAUGCUGUGAAAACAGCGUUGUCGGUUGGUUACCGCCAUAUAGAUUGUGCACAUCUUUAUGGCAAUGAGAUUGAAGUUGGGGAAGCAUUGGCUGAAGCCUUCAAAGGUUCUCUGAAAAGAGAGGAUGUUUUUUUGACCUCCAAGCUUUAUUGCACCAUGAAUUCAUUGAAUAAGAUUGAGAAUUAUGUUAGGGUGUCUCAUAAGAAUCUUGGAGUCUCCUACUUGGAUCUUUAUUUGUUGCAUUGGCCUGAGAGCUCAGGUUUUGGAGAUGCAACUGAUCCUCCUUUGAAGUCUGGGAGUGAGCAUAGGCAAUUUUUGAAUCGGCUGAAGAAGGCAUGGAAGGCCAUGGAAGCCCUAGUCGAAUUGGGUUUGGUUAGAGCUAUUGGUGUCAGCAAUUUCAGUGUUCAUCAAAUCAAAGAACUGCUUAAAUUUGCAAAAAUUGUACCUGCAGUUAACCAGGUGGAGUUGCAUCCUUUUUGGAGGCAAGAUGAACUGGUGAAGUUCUGCCAAUUGAAAGGUAUCCAUGUAUCUGCUCACACACCUCUGGGAGUACCUACUUCAAGUCCUGGAGUAUCUGAUAGUGGAUCAGGUGGGGAAGAUGAACCUGGAACUCCUCGCAUUUCAUUUAGGAGGUCCAGAUCAGUACAUGGACCAAUGCUUAAAUUGUCAGUUGUCGGAGAGAUAGCAAAUAGGCACAAAAAGACACCUGAGCAGGUAAUUCUACGGUGGGGGUUUCAAAGAGGAACCAGUGUUCUACCAUGUAGCCUAAAGCCUGACAGGAUAAAGCAAAAUAUAGACAUAUUUAAUUGGUCUCUGUCGGAUGAUGAGUGGAAGCGCUUGAAUCAGAUUGAACCACAGGUAUGUUUAUUUGUAGAUGGUCCUCUGAACAAUCUCUCAGAUAGACGCCUUAUGUUCGGUAGUGGUCCCCUUCAAGCUGUACGCGAAAUGGAAGAUGAUGCAGAAUCCAACUUCUAAUACUUGUGAGCAUAUUGCUUUAAGAUAAUGUUCCAUUUAAAUUCAACCAUGUUAUUCCGCAGUUAUAAUAUUGUUGAUGCCUCCCCAUUGUUUUCAAUGCUUUUAAGUUCGUGGAUUAUGAAUAGAAUGUCAAAGAAAGACAUUAUUAUUGAUAGUAGUGGCAGGGUUUCUUUAUAAGAACAAAAGGUGUUCCAUAUAUUUCUGCAAGCGUGUUUUGUAUGUAAACAUCAUGAAAUGUCAAUUAUCAAUGAAAAUUUUCCAAAAAGGAAAUGUUAACUUUCUUUUGAGUUGUUGUGCCAAACUUGGUUUUGGUUUUGGUUUGCACGUAGACUGUAGUUUGUGGGUGGCCAUGGUUGAAUUGCAAUCGACUUAUCAAGAUAAUUUAAUUUAUUUGUGAUAUGAGGUGGGACCAUAUCCUCCUUAGCACUAUAAUCAAGCAUUUCGUAAGUGGGAUAACCGAAUACAAAACGUUUUUGCUUUGUUGGAGAAAGAAUUGUCUUCUUCAGAUUAGCAGUUCCUGCCAAAACCAUUGAAUAGUUUGCACCAGUAGGCUUUUAAGAGGCAUCAGCAUACACGACAGAACUUGCAAUUUGAGAUAGUAAAAGCAAUUUUAAUGGUCAAUAAAGGAUUUGAUGAAGUUAAAAGUGAUAGAUUUUUAAUUUGCAUAUCCUCGGUGGCUUUUCCAUUAACUUUCAGACCUAUGGUUUCAGUGCCUUAACAGCUACAUUCAUUGCGUGCAUUGUCUGUUGAAUGCUUGUGAUUCAACUCGUUGAUGUGAAGCAACUGCUCUAUGUGCCUUUCUGUUUCUGAUGAAACCAUAGGGAUCAAUACAUUAAGUUAAGCAUUUUGUUUUCUAUGAAUCUUAGACUGAAAAUAUUAAUGGUGGACCUAAAUAUUUGGUCGUUGCUGCAAUGAUAAUAAUGGGGUUCACUUGAUUUCCAAGCAAUUGGUUUGCAUCAAGUUUGUCAGCUAUGAGCCUAUGAACUAUAAUCA